GCGGCGGCCUCGCGAGAGUCGGGCGGGCGGGCCGGGCCGGCGGGCGGAGGAGCGCGCGCGGGCGCCGCCGGCAUGACGGGCCGCGUGUGCCGCGGCUGCGGCGGCACGGACAUCGAGCUGGACGCGGCGCGCGGCGACGCCGUGUGCACCGGCUGCGGCUCGGUGCUCGAGGACAACAUCAUCGUGUCCGAGGUGCAGUUCGUGGAGAACAGCGGCGGCGGCUCGUCGGCCGUGGGCCAGUUCGUGUCGCUGGACGGUGCCGGCAAAACCCCAACCCUGGGCGGCGGCUUCCAUGUGAACCUGGGAAAGGAGUCAAGAGCACAGACCCUGCAGAACGGGAGACGUCAGAUCCACCACCUGGGGAGCCAGCUGCAGCUGAACCAGCACUGCCUGGACACAGCCUUCAACUUCUUCAAGAUGGCCGUGAGCAAGCACCUGACCCGCGGCCGCAAGAUGGCGCACGUGGUCGCGGCCUGUCUCUACUUGGUGUGCCGCACAGAGGGCACUCCGCACAUGCUCCUCGACCUCAGUGACCUGCUCCAGAGCCCGUCUGCCCGUUGGACAGGAGCGGGAAGGCUGGCCGGCCACCUCCACGGAGACGAGCCACAAACGCAGGGAGGGGUCCGCAGAGCCCACGUCACUGUUUCUCAUGCCUGCCGACGAACGUCAGCGUCUCCGGCAGUAACCACAUGCAUUGUACAAGCAUGGCCCUUAAACAUUCGACCUUUCCAGAGAGCCCUUCUCUGCAGCAUCCAGGUGAACGUGUACGUGCUGGGGAAGACGUUCCUUCUUCUGGCAAGAGAACUGUGCAUCAACGCGCCGGCGAUCGAUCCGUGCCUGUACAUCCCGCGCUUUGCCCACCUGCUGGAGUUUGGGGAGAAGAACCACGAGGUGUCCAUGACGGCCCUGAGGCUCUUGCAGAGGAUGAAGAGGGACUGGAUGCACACCGGCCGGCGCCCCUCGGGCCUCUGCGGAGCAGCACUUCUGGUUGCAGCCAGGAUGCACGAUUUCCGGAGAACCGUCAAAGAGGUCAUCAGCGUGGUCAAGGUGUGCGAGUCCACGCUGCGCAAGAGGCUGACGGAGUUUGAAGACACGCCCACGAGCCAGCUGACCGUGGACGAGUUCAUGAAGAUCGACCUGGAGGGGGAGUGUGACCCCCCUUCGUACACGGCAGGGCAGCGGAAGCUGCGCAUGAAGCAGCUUGAGCAAGUCCUGUCCAAGAAACUGGAGGACGUUGAAGGUGAGAUAUCCAGCUACCAGGAUGCCAUCGAGAUCGAGUUAGAGAACAGCCGGCCGAAGGCGAAGGGGGCCCUCGCCAACCUGACUAGGGACGGCUCCGUCGAGGACUCCGCGUCCAGCUUAUUUGGCGAGGACGACCCCGAGGACGAGGAGCUGGAGGCUGUGGCCAGCCACCUGAACAAGGAUUUCUACCAAGAGCUGCUUGGCGGCAGCAUUUCCAGCAGCUCCGAGGUGGCCGGAGGCCCUGAGGGGGCCAGGGGGCCCCCGGCCCUGGAGUCCCUGCUCGGCCCCCUGCCCACGGCGGCCAGCCUGGGCAUCUCGGACUCCAUCCGAGAGUGCAUCUCCUCCCAGAGCCAGGACCCCACGGACGCGUGUGGGGACGGCGAGCUGGACCUCAGUGGCAUCGACGACUUGGAGAUUGACAGGUACAUCCUGAACGAGGCGGAAGCCCGCGUCAAGGCCGAGCUGUGGAUGCGGGAGAACGCCGAGUACCUGCGGGAGCAGAGGGAGAAAGAAGCAAGAAUCGCGAAGGAGAAGGAGCUUGGCAUCUACAAGGAGCACAAGCUGGCGGUGCCCCCCCAUCCCACGAGGCACCUAGCAGGUCUGUGGGCACUGAGAUCCCCAGGGGGCAGUAACUCUCCUGUUUCCGUCGAGCCCAAGAAGUCUUGUAAGCGACGGGAGCCGAUUCAGGCCAGCACGGCCGGGGAGGCCAUUGAAAAGAUGUUGGAGCAGAAGAAAAUCUCCAGCAAGAUCAACUACAGCGUGCUUCGGGACCUCAACAGCAAGGGUGGGGGCAGCCUGCAGGGGGAGGACGUGCAGCCCGAGGAGCGGGCCAGUGCCCGGAAGCCGUCUCGGAGGAAGACGCCUGCCGGCAGGAACGGAACUGACCCCGUGAGCAGCGUGGGGAAAAGGCUGAGGCCCAUGGUGUCUGCACAGCCAGCCAAGAAGGCAGCCGUAGGAGAGACCUCGCCCACCCUGGGAGCCGAGCCUGUCAGGCCCGCAGCGGUGGUGGAGAGCGGGCCGGUGUCCUACCACCCCGAGGAGGACCCUGACGAGGACGACCCCGACGAGGAGGACGGGGAGCCCUGUGUCAGCGCCCUGCAGAUGAUGGGCAGCAACGAUUACGGCUGUGACGGCGAGGAGGAGGAGGGGUACUGAGCCCGCCCUGCAGCCAGCGGCAUCUGGCGGGGCUCAGACGGGGCCUCCGUGGGCCCGCCUGCCCUGCGGCCCUCGCCACAGCCGCUCGGGACCCCAUCUGGAGCACCGUAAGGAGCGUUUGCCAGCGAGGGGACUGGACCCGUGUCUGCGCGUCCCGUGAGAUGUGGGUCUUACAGCCCGGGCACCCUCACAGGUGGCACCGUCUUGUCCCGUGGGAGGACACUGAGGCACGAGGAGGCUCACUCGUGGAAGUGAGUGCCGGACUGGAGGGGCUGAAGCUCCCCACCGGCUGCCCCAGUGCGGCCUCGGCCCCCACCCAGCCCCUCCCGCGCUGCGUCUUCAGCCGGACCCGGACUGUCCCGCGCCUGGCCACAGCCCGGCCGCUGGUGGCCUGAGUCAGCCGCACUCUCAGCAGAUGUGGGAUGGUCGGCUCCACGCCCCCGGGUGCACAGCUGCUCUGGGGGGUGCCCUGCGCAGCCCGUGUGGCUGGCCUGGGUGUCGGGCUGGCCCUGCGCCGAGCCGGAGUCAGGCAGAGCGGGGUCUUGUUUGAGCUGGGGUCUGGCGCAGGGCCUGCAGAGGGGUGGCGGGCAGAGAGGGUCCUCGAGCCCGGCCGCGCUGCUCUGGAGGGUUCCCACUACCCUCCACCGCCCUGGGGGCCCAGGGACCACUCUCAGGGUCUCAGCGUGGGCAUCGCUUCUCUGAACACGGCCAGGGAGGCAGGGCAGAUGCUUGUGCCCCUCGAGGCCCAGCCUUGGCCACCCUACCCGUGGCAGAGCCAGGCCACGUCCAGGAUGCGGCAGAGUGUGCAGGUAGGGAAUUCUGAGGUCCUUGGCUCAGAAUCAGAGGUCUGGACCCUGCAGCUCGCCAGGGCCCUAGAAGGCUGGACAGGACCAUGAGUUCAGUGAAACAAAAGCCGCUACUUUGAACAGACACCCACUGAGGCUCUGGCCUGUGCUUUCCCGUCUGGCUCCGUGGCCUGCCCUGGAGGGGUGAGGCCAUGGCAGGGCGCCCGGCCACUGGGGGUGGGAGAGGCGCAUAGAGGCACCUGGCCCUGUUGUCACACGCACAAUGGGGACGUGGCUUGGGCUUCAUCAGCGCCCCCCUUGUGCCCAGCGCCGUAGGAAGUCCCCGAGUCUGUCCGUGGCGUGGGCUUCACGGCCGGGGCCCCCCGUGGGAAGGAGGGCUUGGCCGCAGCGGCUCUAUACCAGCUCUCUGGCUCUGGGGUGUUCACUUUGCCGUUCGGGGGCAGGGUGCGGACCGCCUGGCUGGGAUGGUGAGCUCCCGGGACCUCCAGGUGCAGGGCUAGCGGUGGCUCUGGAGGGGAUGGAGUCGCCCUCUGGGACACAGGGCUGCCCGUGGGGCGCAUGGCAGGCUUCAAGACAGGGCUUGGCGGGAUGCCUCCCUGGGGAGCUGGGGCGAGAGCUGAGCUCGCAAAGCAGGGGAGGGAGGGGGUCCCUUGGGGGUUUGCAGAGGGGGAGGGGAUUUGAGGGAAGACGCAAGCACUCAGGGUGGCCUGCAGGGCCGAGGCCCGGAGUUGAGGGGACAUAAUGGGGAGGAAGCCCAGGGAGGCCCGAUGGGCAGGGAGGUCUGGGGGUGGAUGGCCGGGAGCAGGUGUCUGGCUGAAGCAGGAAGGGUCAGGCCCCCAGAUGGCUGGAGACGGGCCCGGGAGCAAGGGCUGGUGGGAAGGGCUGUCCCCUGAGAGGGUGUGGUGAGGAGGGUCACGUGGGUGGGAGGGGGUGCUGGGGAUUCGUGCUUUGGUGGUGACCAAGGUGCUGGUGAGGGAUGAGGCCCCAGGCCAGCAGCUGGCAGGGUCCUUCUGGCCUCGUGCCCUGUGUGCCGGCUGGAGGGGGACAUGCAGGCCAGUCUGCACCUCUGUCCCACAUCUGCAUGGGGCUCUUCCAGCCGGGGGCACGGCGUGGGGGGCUGUCCCUGGUGGGUACAGGCUCCGGCUAGAGCUCCCCGGCAUUCUGCAAAGCUCAGCCCCUUCAGGGCCUUGGUGGCACGGAGCGGACCCUGCAGCUGCUGGGACGGGCCCCCCCGGCACCCGCUUCACCAUCCCCUGAGCUGUGUCCCUGCAGGGUCGGCGGAGGAAUGGGCAUCCUAGAAGCUUGGAGAGGCCUGGGUGCCCGACCAGGGAGAGAGGCAGGGCCCUCAGGAGCCCCCAGUCCAGUGUCCGAGGGCCCGGGGCCUGACUUGGGCUGGGGUCCAGCCCCGAGGAGGGGCAUUGGUAGUGGGGGCAGGGACGCCUCACCCCCACUGCACGCUGUUCCCUGCUGGCGAGGCCCCUUGGCGGUGGGCUGCUUCUACCCCGGGCCCCACAGCCUCCCCUGCGGGCUGGACACGUGUGGACCGCUUGCCCUGCUUGAACCACAGCGUGGGUACUGAAGGGCACAGAAGCUGGCACGGAGGGGGCCUCCCUGGCCCGCGUCCUGACAGCCACCCCUUUCCGGGGGCCGGGGCUCGGCCAGCAACCGCAGGCUCGUCCUGAGAAGAGCACAGGGCUUUCCACCACCUCAGCGCAGUGCUGGGAGGGGCAGGGAGGAGGCAGCCUGCCCCCCGUGUGCGAGCCCCUCCCCAGAGCCCUGGAAACCUGUCCGUGCUGACCGUCUAAGGAGCCCGUGUCCACCCGUAAGCACGCACACGUGCCCGUCCCUGGGCCUCCAGAGCUGGAGCCCCAGGCCUGCUGGGCCACUGCCCCUCCCAACACCAGCGAGGCCGGGGUCCCUGUGUGGGGUCCCCAGGCAGCAAGCAGACAUGGCCCCGUUCACGCUGCCCCCCCCCCACCACAGUCCAGCUCUGCUUGGCCAGCAGGUCCCCUCCCCAGAGUCGUGUAGGAAGGGCUUGAGUGAUGGACAGGCAGCGCCAGCCCGGGCAGAGGGCAGUGCACGAGGACACGCCUGUCCCCACGCGGGCAUGCGUGUUCACACGUGCGCUCCCCCUCGUGCCUGUGCAUGCCCUCCCUGCACGCACACGUACGCGCGUUCAUGUGGGCGCGUUCCCACAGCUCCGUCCACGGCCACCGGACCGCCCUUCCAGGUGCCAGGCCCGGGGAGGCAGGCGGGCCCCAGAGGUGGCUGUGGUCACGUGCCGUGACGGCGCGUCUCCUGGCAGGGCACCCAUGGCAGGGCCUGCCCUGGGCCUGCUCCCCGGACAGGAGGGGGAUGCCCAAGACCAGGGGUCGUGUCUGCGUGUGGCACCUGCUGGUCACCCGCCCCGCGUGUGCUGUGGGACCUCCCAGCCGUAGGGUUGGGACUACAGGUUACCGUCUGAGAGGGCUUGGGCGGGGGGGGCCGGCUAGAGCCUCCAGGGCCAUCCCUGGCGUCCCCAGCAGGCCGCAGGAGCGCGGAGGGCAGGGACAGGUGGGCGGGAGGGAGGUUGGAAGAGCUGUCCCCAGUGGAUGGCAUCUGCCCAGUCGCUCCACAAGGCCUCCGUCCCACACCUGCCCGGCCAGCUCCCCUCUGCGGUGGCCAUGGUCACACAGGCCCACUCGUCCCCUGGCCUUGUGUGCGCUGGGCCCGCACAACGUGCCCCGCGGCUGCCGCUCCCCGCCAGGUGCCCUCCUCUAGCCCCACAGAGGCUUCUGGCCUGGCCGGGCCCCGGAGCGCUCGUCUGCCCACUGCUCCCAGAACCUCCUGAGGGCAGCGUGGGCCUUUGGGAAGAGGGGCAGGCGUUGGCAGCCCCCAGGAAUGGAGAUCCACUGAGGCAGGGUCUGUGCUCUGCCGCGGAGCCCAAUGGGAGCCCUGCGGUGCCCGCUGCGGGGGUAGCACCUCGCCCCUGUGCCCUCCCAGGACCAGGUCUGGGUGGUAGCAACACGUCUGUGCGCCUGCUCCCUCCAGCAUCCCGGUGUCCCCUGCUCCUCCGUCCACGCGUGGCGGCUGCGGCACGGACUGAGCUGCUCCGUGGCGCCUUCGCGGCUGAGCCCUGCGCGGCUCCAGGGGCUGCGUGGGGUGCGGGGCUCCUGACGCGGGUGCAGGUCGGGGCCAGCUGCCCGCUCCCAUGUCGGAGCAGCUGGGCCCUGGGAAGAGUGUAGGGCGCCCGGCGCCACGCCCGGCACCACCCCCAAGGCUGCAGAUGGCCCAGCGGGGCUCUCAGGGACUCGAACUGCAGGCCAUACGUGUAACCGCCAGGUGGACGGGGUGCCUAGCAGUCUGUCCUCGCCCCUCCCUGCCCCCUGGUGGCCACUUGGGCACCCUCGGGCGCCCAGGCCAGGGCCCGCCUGGCUUCCCGCAAGGCCUCCCACCCCCUGGGAACCCUGUAUUCCCCAAAUAAUAAAGACUAGGAGCCUCGAAGUGGCAGGA